AUGAAACUCAAGCGAGUAAACUUUGUUUGCUUUUGUGCUCUGCUUCUGUGCAUGGUGGCCAUAGCCUUUCUCCGCCAGUACUGCACAAUGCCACUGCUUCCUUAUCACAUGUUGGAGAAGGAGACUGUCCUCCAUUUCUUACUGCACGACACGCCCGGCGGCAGCAGCCCUAGCGCAGUCCGGGUGGUCCAAGCCAACGGCAUGGCGCAUAACACGUCGCUCACGCCAUUUGGCACCAUUUGGGUUGUCGACGAUCCUUUGACGGAGGGUCCUGACCUGAAAUCGACUGUCGUCGGCAACUCCCGAGGCUUGUAUGUGUCGGCCGGGCAGGAGGAGUUGAUGCUCGUGGCAUACCUUGAUUUUGGGUUCACCAGCGGCGAGUUCAACGGCAGCUCCAUCAGCAUGCUUUCGAGGAAUCCGGUGACACAGAUUGAGAGGGAGUUUGCGGCGGUCGGCGGCCGCGGAAAGUUUAGGAUGGCUAGAGGGUUUGCCAAUCUUAAGUGUAUUUUCUUCAAUGCGAGUAAUGGUGAUUCCAUUGUAGAGUACAAAGUGGUGGUGAGGCAUUACUGA